AUGUCGGAUACUUGGCGCAAAGGGUUCUCAACACCCCGUCGGCGACUGGGUGGUUUACUUCGCACAUCACCAAAGAAGUUGUUUCUUUUCACAAUCGCUAUUUUUGUCACGUUUGUUCUACUUGCCGGAGGAAGUUUUCGAGCUAGGCGUUAUUACGUCGAGAAGGCUAAGACAGAAGAGAGAAUCCCCUAUCACUGGGAGAAAUACCCCAGGUUAAGUGGAUUUUACAAUGGUGUGCGCUCGCUUGUGAACUACACGGACUGGAUUCCCGAACAACAAAUCACGGAAAAGACUAAACCCCUAAUUCACAAGACCCCUCCUAUGGACCCAGUUGUUGUUAAUCCGUAUCCCGACUUCAGCUCUAGCGAGUAUCUUAAGGAUCACCAGCCUGUGCAAAGAUGUUAUGUGGAUGAAAAUGAGAAGUUCCCGGCGCCUGAUAUCUUCGCAUAUCCCGGUAUACCUGCUGGAAUGCCUGCUCCGUUCUGGGGAUCGUACGAGAGCAUCGGCGUUGCGCCAGAUAAAUGCUGGGAACGGUUUGGUCGUUUCGGUCCUUACGGUUAUAGCUACAAUCCUGCCGAGGGGGGUUUAGGACUAUCGAAUAAUUCGGCGCAUGCAGGUGCCGAGAAGAUCCAAGAGAUGUUUACCAAGGUUGAUUAUCGCAAUGUGAAUUGGGGCAGAGCGCAGAAAAAGUGCUUUGAGAAGAACCAGAACCGAUUUGAUACUGAAGCAGCGGCACGUAUCAACGGCUCUACUGAAGACAAGAAAGUAGUUAAACGCUCUGCUUAUGUACUACGAACUUGGACCGGCUACCAGUAUACCGACAUCCAACUCUUAUCUCUACGAGCUAUGAUUAACGAGUUAUCCCUAAAAUCAGGCGGCGAAUAUGACGUACAUCUGCUUGUUCAUGUCAAAGAUAACUCGAUACCAAUUUGGGCGUCCGACGAAGUUUAUAACCAGACAAUAAGAGAUAAUGUGCCUGAAGAAUUCUGGGGCAUUACGACAUUGUGGUCGGAACAGCAGAUGCGAACUUACUAUCCCGGACCGUUCCCUGAAGAAGACAACGUCGAGAAUCAUUCCAAGUCUGAUAUCCAUGGUGUUUACCGAAGUGCUCAUUUCGCCCUGCAGUGGUUUUCGCAGCAGCACCAAGAAUACGAUUUCUUUUGGAAUUGGGAGAUGGAUCUAAGAUACACGGGCCACUACUACGAAUUCCACAAUGGUAUUUCAAAGUGGGCAGCGGAACAGCCUCGAAAACUACUAUGGGAGAGAAGUUCUCGAUUCUGGAUACCUGGUAUUCAUGGUUCAUGGUCCAAGUUUUCUCAACUAGUUGAACGAGAGACGAUAGAGAGGAAAGAGGAACCAGUUUGGGGUCCGGUGACAUUUCCCACUUCCGACCGUGGUAUGCUCCCAUCUCCUAAGGAGAACACACCACCAACCAAGAUCGAAGAUGAUGAUUACCGAUGGGGCGUAGGUGAAGAUGCGGACCUAAUCGUCUUUGACCCAUUAUUUGAUCCGUCAAAGACAAACUGGGUCUUCCGCAAUGACGUAUCAGGAUAUAACACGUCCCUUGAGACACCGCCUCGCCGAGUAGCAAUCAUUACAGUUGCACGACUUUCAAGAGGGUUAUUGAAUACUAUGCAUGAGGAGACGUUCCGUUUGCACCACACUAUGUUUCCAGAGAUGUGGCCUCCGACGGUUGCUCUUCACCAUGGAUACAAAGCCGUUUACGCGCCACACCCGGUUUACUUUGAUAGACAAUGGCCGCUAGAUGUCAUGGACAAAACUUUUAACUAUCCACCUACCCCGCAAGAUAGCCCGUUUGGUUGGGGUGAGCACAACAUGCAAGGUGGUAGUUUCUACUACAAUGCUGGUUUCAGCGGUGCAUUGUGGCGACGAUGGUUCGGAGCUAAGGAGAAUGGUGAGGGCGGUAAGAAGAUGGAGGAAUCUCGAUCGGACCGUAUGUGUCUAAGAGGAACGCUCUACCACCCGAUAAAAUCUGAGAGCAUCGAAUGA